CCUGUACCGGAAGUAGAUUCCUGCUGGAAAAUACAUCGCUUAAGAAAGUAAAGUUACUAGUGUGAACCGCGUCUGUGCGGACAGGAGAGACAAUGGGGAUGUGUCUGCCAUGUCUGGGUAGUUCCGUGGAGGAUUACGACCAGCCCGAUCCCGAAACUAGACGACAACAGCAGGCUGAGGCAGCGAUAAAGCGACAGCGGGACAACGAGUCGAGAGGGGUGAAAGAUGCUGAGGGUUUGAAGAGGAAGCAGCAGAGAAGGGAGGAGAUCGAGAAGAAGGCGGAGAUACAGGGAGGAGGAGAUAAUACCAUGAGGUGGCAAGUUGGAUGAUCACACAGGCUGCCUUGACAACAGAUAAGUUCCAUCAGCCACACUUCCAUAGUGGACUGUCAGAUGUCUACUUAUUUAUCGUACAAUACUUCUAUGUUUUCAUAGACCUAUUGGCCUUUCCUAUGUGGUUGUUCUCAGUGAAAUGUUAAAUUAUUUUCAGUGCUUGUUGCUAUUUUCUCGAUCAUACUGACGAUCGGGUGUCUUUGUAUUUUCAUAACUUUUCUAUCAUAUUUUGAUAUGUCUUUUAUUUCAUAACUGUGGUUAUGUGGUAGAGUUUCCUAUCAACACAUUAUCUCAUUAUGCAGUCAAGGAUGUCUUCAUUGUAUCUUCAGUCACUGUAUACAUUUAACCUUCAACAAGGUCUUACUCAAAGCAGUCAUUCUCAUGAUAAACAUUCAACUGGAGUAGAAUAUUUUGUAAUGCUUAUUUUGAAUUAUGUUACCUUUUCACAAUGUUAUAAGUAUUUAGGGGAAUAGUUUUAUCCCAACAAUAUAGGAUUCAACAUAACCCUGUGUCUCUGAUUUUUCCUCUAACACUACGUAGUACAAUUCCCACACCACAGAUUUUAAAAGCACUUUUGUUGUCUGUAUCAAGGCAUUACACUUCAAGCAUACUCUGUUUCUCAGUUGUCAGCAGAGUGGAUACCACACAAGACCUUGUAAAGGCCUUUCUCAGCAUCUUCCAACCAUUUCAGAUCUAAUUAGCAAUGGACAAGCAAAAUCAGUUCAAUAUCCUUUUAUUUAAUGAGAAGACCAUCUCUUUGUAGUGAUGUUCUUGGAUACAAAGUAUGAAGGAUAUUAUCAAACCAUUCAAACACUCCGAUAACUCUGUAAAAUGGUAUCUUUGUACCUCUUCACCAAAUUACCACCAUGCUCAUUUUCUUUGUUACCUUGUUUUGGGAUGUUUGUGUUGAUUGAUAGCUCAAUGUACAUAUAGGCAACGGUGCAUGGAAGUAUUUGAAAGUCUGUUUUGUGUUGAAAGGAAUGCACUGAUCCUUUGAAAUCGUCUUCACAUGAUUGCUUCUCCUUCCCAGGAGAAUGGUGACUGAGAUUCCAAUGAAGGAUCAUCAUCCUGACACUAUACUCUGGUUUCUGUUGGUUCUAACAUAAGCAUCAACAGACAUGCAUUUGGUAUUUUAUGCAUUUUCUUGUUUCUUAAAUCUCUACAAUCGCUGUGCCUUUUGUAUUUUUAACCUAUGCCAUUGGUUGCCAUAGUUA